AUUGGUGGAGACCAUGGACAUCACAAAAUUACAAAAGGAGCUUAAUUCCCGUAUUCCAACAUUUUUGGUGUACCACAAACUACUCACUAGCUUUUAUUGGGGGGAGUCAACGUUAUCUGUUUUUUAAAUUUAAAACUGAACUUCUUCACGAGUGUUUUCAAGACAAUAACGAAAUUUUGGGAUCCGCACCCAUCAUCAAAACAUGGCCGCUGUCAAGGUCUUUAGUGUGUGCGGGAGGAUUUCUGCUUGCUCUGGAUGGCGAACAAAAGUCUUAUAUUCUCUACCAGCAUGUGAGCAAUACAGGAAGUUUAGUACCUCUAAAACACAAUAUAAAGCCAAGUUCUUUGAGACAGCAUUAGAUGCUACACAGGACAUUAAUGACGGGUCCAAACUUCUAGUGGGAGGGUUUGGCCUGUGUGGAAUUCCAGAGAACUUGAUAGCAGCCUUACUACACACAAAGGUCAAAGGUCUCACUGUGGUCAGCAAUAAUGCAGGAGUGGAUAACUUUGGUCUUGGACUUUUGCUGCAGCAAAAACAGAUCAAGAGGAUGAUUUCAUCCUAUGUGGGGGAGAAUGCUGAAUUUGAGAGACAGUACUUGGAGGGGGAACUAGAGGUGGAACUUACACCCCAGGGGACCUUAGCAGAGAGAAUUCGUGCUGGUGGAGCAGGUAUCCCAGCAUUCUUUACUCCUACAGGAUAUGGCACACUGAUUCAGGAGGGAGGGGCACCAGUCAAAUACAAUGCAGAUAAAUCUGUGGAAAUUAUCAGUGACCCAAGGGAGGUGCGAGAAUUCAAUGGAUUCAAGUACAUCAUGGAGGAAGCUAUUACAGGGGAUUUCGCUCUGAUCAAGGCACACAAAGCUGACAAACUGGGCAAUCUCACCUUCAGGAAGACGGCUCGUAACUUUAACCCUCCAAUGUGUAAGGCAGGCCGGAUCACAAUUGCAGAGGUUGAAGAAAUUGUUGAUGUAGGAGCCAUUCCCCCUGAGGACAUCCAUGUACCACAUGUAUACGUGCAGAGGGUCAUCAAGGGGCCAAGCUAUGAAAAGAGGAUAGAGAGAUUAACAACAAGGACAGAAGGCACAGAUGAAUUGGAGGGAAAUGAUGCUGCUGCAGAGCUGCGGAACAGAAUCAUCAGGCGAGCUGCUCUGGAGUUUCACGACGGAAUCUAUGCCAAUCUGGGAAUCGGAAUGCCGAUGUUAGCCAGUAACCACAUCCCACCUGGCAUGACAGUCCAUCUUCAGAGCGAGAAUGGAAUCAUGGGAUUGGGACCAUACCCAUUAGCCAGUGAAGUGGAUGCAGAUCUGAUUAACGCAGGGAAACAGACGGUCACCAAUAUCGGCGGCAGUUCAUUCUUUUCCAGUGAUGAAUCGUUUGCCAUGAUCAGAGGAGGACACAUCAACCUGACCAUCCUGGGGGCAUUACAAGUUUCUCGUUAUGGAGAUCUGGCCAACUGGAUGAUUCCGGGUCGACUUGUGAAAGGAAUGGGCGGAGCCAUGGACCUGGUGUCUAGUCAUAAAACCAAGGUCAUCGUAACCAUGGAGCACCAGGACAAGAAAGGAAAUAGCAAGAUUGUAGACAGUUGUAACCUUCCACUGACUGGCAAAAACUGUGUGGACAUGAUUAUCACGGAUAAGUGCGUGUUUGAGGUAGACAAAGAGAAAGGUCUAAUUCUCACAGAGGUGGCAGAAAAUGAAGAUGUGGCCAGCAUUGUAGGCACCACCAGCUGUGAAUUUGUGGUUGCUCCAGAAGUAAAAGUGAUGGGACAGAUUCUUACAUAGACAAAGGGGGACAACUUACUGCUCAUUUUGUCAUUGUGUGUUAACUAAUGGGUAAUCAGAUUGCCAUGUUGAUCAUGUAUUCAGACUAAUGGUGUGGCUUUUCAGAACUACCAGUGAUUUAUAUAUAAUUAUCCUGGUAUAAGUUUGAAACAAAAGAAACUCAACUCCUUAUGAUCUGAGAUAUGUAUUUCAUAGAACAACUCUGUGACAAAUAUCAAGCAUGAUUUCACAAGUGUGGAGAAAAACUUGAUGAUGUCCCAAAACUACAUUAGUGCCCAGCUCUGGGAACUACAUGGAUUUAUUGGAGAAGCACCAGCAUUGAAAUAUUUUACAAAGUUUUGAGACUUUUCUCUCUUGUUUUGAAAAUAUUGAUGCAAUUUAAACUUCAUGUAUUUAACAUUUUGAUUAUCAUAAGUUUUCUUUCAAGAAAAAAUUUACAAAGUCUUUCCAAAGUAGAUAUAAGAUAAUAUGUUCUAGAAGCAUGUACAGUCAAAACGGUGCAAAGAUGAUGAAAAUCGAAUUUAUAGCAUUUCAUAGUUUGAUUUCAAUUAUGUUGUUCAUAUACAAUGGUAUUAAGUGCUGUUCCAUGUUAAGAAUCAUGCAAAGACUGGCACAUCGACCGUCGGAGAUUGAGCUGAUACUUGCAUAUACUUUACCCCUAUAUAUACAAACUUUAUAUGUGAUAUUAUUUUUUUUCAUCUGAUGCAUCUCUACAGAGAGAUGUUACUAAAAAUAGAUUUUACCCAUAUUGAACACCAAAUAGCUAAUAAAAUAUGCAUGAAAUUGUUACUCAAUAUAGGAAAAAAUUAUCAAUAACUUUUUGACCAAUAAAAGUACACAAUAGCAAGUAAAGUCCCCUUGUCCUUUAUUCAUUGCCAUAGUGACAAAAUCAUGAUGCAAAUUUCUAUGUAGUAGUGGCACUUUGAUUCAUUGGAGUUUGGUAUUAGGUGUGGGCAUUAUAUAAUACAUGUCCUGUAUGUUUACUUAAUUUAGGGUAUUUUUAGAUCUGAUGCAAUCUUGUAAUCAUGAUUUACCACUUGUUCUCCAUUUCAUGAUGAAUAAAUAAGAGGUUUUCAUAUUUCAGUGCAACCAUAAAUUAGUGCUCAGCUAAAAUAAGUAUGCAGACGGUACAUGUAUUUGAAUGAAAAUUCAAUCUCUUCAGUUUGAAUUCAUUACAUUUAUAUUCUAUCCUGCCUAAAGUGUACCAGUGAUUAUCUUGUAGUGAUUGUUUUGUUUCAGAAUAAAAAUGUGAUAUUUCUUUC